AUGGUGGUACUAGAGCAGGAAAUGGCUGUGCAGAAUCAGCCUAAUGCUUGUGAGAACGAUGAGUUCCAUAAUCUGGGAAAUUUUCAAAGGAACAACCCGCCUACUUUUAAGGGUAUGUAUGAUCCUGAUGGAUCGCAGACUUGGCUCAAAGAGAUUGAGAGGAUCUUCUGUGAGAUAGACUAUUCUGAAACUCGUAAGGUACGGUUUGGCACGCAUAUGCUGGCUGAGGAGGCUGAUAUUUGGUGGAUCAAUGUCCGUCAAGUGCUAGAAACUUCAGGAAAAAUGAUUACUUGGGUUGUGUUUUGUAGAGAAUUUAUGAGGAAAUACUUUUUGGAAUAUGUUCGCGAGAAGAAGGCGAUUGAAUAUCUAGAGCUGAAACAAGGGAGUUCAUCUGUUACUGAGUAUGUUGUCAAGUUCAUGGAAUUGGUGAAGUUCUAUCCUCAUUACAGUAAGGCAACUGCUGAUUUCCCAAAGUGUAUCAAGUUUAAGAAUGGUUUGCGUUUGGAGAUCAAGCAAGCUAUUGGUUAUCAACAGACCCGCAAGUUUCCAUAG